UCUGCUCUAAUCCUUACAGAAAAGAAUGUACCAAACAAGGGAGCAGAGAUGAUAAAAUCCGAACACGCACGCGCGCGCGCACACAUACAAACUCAGAAGUGGAUUUUUUAAUCUCGUCACACACUCACACACACUCCGCUUGAGGUGAGGAGGUUGAGGAUGAGGAGGAUGGUGCCGCUGAUUAAGGCGCUGGUGUGCUGGUGCCUGCUCUGCGUGGUCUCGCGCGGCGUCCGGGCGCAGUUUCCGCGCGCGUGCAGCACGGUGGAUGCGAUCGAGUCGAAGCGCUGCUGCCCGUCCCCGAGCGCCGAUGCCGAAGACGCGUGUGGCGCGCGCACUGGACGCGGGGCCUGCGAUUCCGUGCGCACGGAUACGCGGCCGUGGGGGGGAACGUACACGCUGCGCAACGUGGACGACCGCGAGCGCUGGCCGACCAAGUUCUUCACGCAGACCUGCACGUGCUUCGGUAACUUUGCUGGUUAUGACUGUGGUGAGUGCAAGUUUGGUUGGACUGGACCGAACUGCAAUCUCAGCAAGGCUCCUGUGACCCGGAAAAACAUCAUGUCUCUGAGUGAGGAAGAGAGGCGGAUAUUCCUGGAUGCACUGCAGCUUUCCAAACACUCCAUACACCCUGAGUAUGUCAUCGCCACUGAGCACUGGCUCGGCCUGAUCGAUCGCCAAACCAACCAGACACGCUUCAGCAACAUCUCUGUGUACGACCUGUUCGUCUGGCAACAUUACUACUCCGUGAGGGACACGCUGCUCGGUCCUGGGCGGCCGUUCAAAGCCAUCGAUUUCUCCCAUAAAGGCCCCGCCUUCAUCACCUGGCACAGGUACCAUCUACUGAGUCUGGAGCGAGACCUUCAGAAACUGAUAGGGGAUGAAAAUUUCGCUAUUCCGUACUGGAAUUUUGCGACGGGUGGCUCUGAGUGUGACGUGUGCACCGACGACCUCUUAGGAGGAGUAGACCCCACUGACCCGUCACUCAUCAGCCCUCGAUCACCAUUCAGUGACUGGGGAAUCGUGUGUGACAGCUUGGAUGAAUAUAACCGCUUGGUGACGUUGUGUAACGGGACAAGAGAAGGACCACUGCGUCGCGGCCCGAAGGAAAGAGGCAACAUUACAUUGCCAACGAUGGACGACGUGCACAGCUGCCUCCAGUUGCGAGACUUUGACAGACCGCCGUAUUUUACCAACUCCACCUUCAGCUUCAGAAAUGCCUUGGAGGGGUUUGAUAAAUCAGACGGAGAACUUGACAGUGCUGUGACGGGUUUACACAACCUCGUCCAUGACUUCCUGAGUGGCACCAACUCACUGUCCCACUCGGCCGCCAACGACCCCAUCUUCGUGGUGUUACACGCCUUCACUGAUGCCAUAUUUGAAGAAUGGCUGCGUCGCUUCCCAAAGAACGACAGUUUUCCCGAAGAAAUGGCUCCAAUAGGCCAUAACCGUCAUUUUAACAUGGUUCCCUUCUUCCCUCCGGUCACGAACGAGGAAAUCUACAUUCCCUCUGUGGAGCUAGGCUACUCCUACCAGAUCGAGCUCGGAGAUGCAGGUCAAUCCCCAGCUGUAUUCAUUGUCGCUGGCUCCUGCCUCGCUCUUUUCGUCCUCAUCCUCCUUUUGGUUCUGUAUGCACGGCAGAGACGCAGGCGCGAGUAUGAGCCGCUCGUCAGCGCUGGUUAUGCUGCUGUGAAAUACACAGAGGAUGCCUGAUUAAAAAGAAAUUUAUAAACACACACAAUCAUUACUGAAGUAUGUUUCUCAUGCUAGCUGGCUAAUUAUCUGUCCAGCCAGCACGCUAUUUUAUCCCUCAUGCUAAUCUCACGCUAAUGUAACUCCAGCCUGCUGUAAUUAUACAUGUUGAAUGUAGACAACUUUUUGUUUGAUUUUCCUUCUGAAUGUUUUUACACUUUAGCACCUGACAAUUGUGACAAAUCAUAAGCCAUUUUGUUGACUUUAUGUUUUGCUUGUUGUAGUCUUUGAUUUUUACACUUGAAUGAAUCCACUUGCGAUUAACACACUGAUGUGCAGCCAAUGUCACUGGAUUCUGUGAAUUUCAGCCUUAUAUUUACAGAUUUCUGUAAAGUUCUGUCACAACAACAAAAGUGUGCUUUGUCAAUUUCUGAUUAUUAAACUGUGUGAUUUUGUUAUUCUCCAUUUUUUUUAUGAUUAUAGUAUGUCAUUAAUGAGUAACAAAGGAGUGUGUGGCUGAAUUCAACCAGCUAACAUUACUGUAAUUAGCAACUGGCAAUUUUGCAAGUCGUCUACAUAAAACGUUUAUACCGUGGAUAUCUCUGAUGUGUCUCAUCAUUAAGUUAAAUUCUGGUAGCACAGAGUCUCAUGAAUCUCACUUCUCUUAAGUACAUAGUUCACUUCAGUUUCCCUCAGUCUGUACCUCACUGUAGAUGUGAGAGAAAAGCGCCUUGUCCAGUUUCACUGCAAUUGUAAUUCCUCUCUCAGACAGCAGAGGGAGACAAACCGCGCGGA